AAACGUCAGCAACUGAGUCCUAACAAGGAGUUCUACUACCAUGCCCCUGAACCAUUGAGUACAAAUUUCGGGCAUGACAACUUACCCGCGGAAAGCGUGACACCGACUUCCAGACAGCAUGCUGAAAAGUUGAUCUGGUCUAUCUGGCGCUGCGCUGUUUUGCGUCCUGCUCGGAUUUCAUCUGACUCGGCACUCAACACUCCAUUACCAUGCAUUCAAGAAUUGCUCACAAACCUCUACCAGUGUCUUUUGGCGGGAUGGUUUCCGGUUGAUUUUCAACACUCGCAAUCAGGUCUUACCGCAUUAAUGGUUUGUUGUGCCGCUGGCUUGAUUGACUCCGUUGAGCGUCUCCUCAGCUUCGGAGCCAAUGUUGCACUUCGAGUUCCAUUUCCCUAUGAAAUACUGCAGUCGUUGGUGUCCAACGAUAUCAGUCACCAGUUAUGUGGUCCCAGAAAUCGGCGAAUACAAAUAGGAAGUCAAGUCUAUUUGGUGGUGGGGGUGAACGCGUAUGACUUGGCCAGACUUUUUGGACACCAACAUGUAGAAGCGACCCUGCUGAUACAUAUUGCAGCUCAGAGUUUGCGACAUAUACCGGAACACCAUGAAGCCGUGCUUCUCCGAUAUGGUGCAUGGUUUUCCAACCCAGUCAACGCCUCGCCAUUUUCCACUUAUGACUUGAAGAGUGCAAACAAAUCUGCAGUUGGUGUGGACAGUGAGGCUGCCAGAAACUUGUUGCUUACCUAUCACACCUCCCGUAACCUCCGCGAACCUGAAACUGCUGUGGACUUUGAUUUGUUGAGGGCCCUUCUGAAGAAAAUGGAUUCAACCAUGCCAGAAGGGGACAUACUCAUUUUUUUGCCAUCCUAUGAAGAAAUAAUCACCCUACGGGACCAACUUCUUGACAUGGAGAAUUUAGUUUGGGAGAAAAGCAAACGAUAUCUGGUAUUAAUUCUGCACUCCCGAAUGCUUGUGGCUGACCUGGCCAACCUGUUCUUACCAACCCCCCCUGGAAGCCGAAAAGUGAUCCUAUCCACAAGCAUUGCGGAGUUCUCCAUGAGUUUUGCGCGGGUUGCUUUCGUUAUCGAUUGCGGACUGGAGUGUGCAAAAACCCGUGUAGACUGGGGUGGAGCAUUAUCGUUGCAAAAUUACUGGAUAUCGAGGUCAACCGCCAUUCAGAGGCAGACUCGUAUUGGAGUCACAUCAUCAGCCAUAUGCUUUCGGUUAUUCAGCCGAAUCAGAUAUCAGUGCCUAGGACGUCACCACUCCAUCAGAAAAAGCUAUCCACUCGAAGAAGCAUGCAUUCAGGCGAGACUACUGACAUCCCCUGGGCUAUCAGUACAUACGAUGCUAUCAGUCGUUCCAAGACCUCCAUCGACAAAAUAUUGUGAUAUGACCGUUCAAGCGCUCAUGGAUAUGGAUGCUCUGAGCAGCCCUCAUGAGCUUACGGAACUUGGCUAUCACACAUGCGAUAUUCCAAUUCCACCUCGCUAUGCAAAAAUGGUGCUUGUCAGUGUGGCGCUGAAGUGCUUAGAUCCUAUUCUGACUAUCGCAUGCAUUCUGACUUAUGCAGAACCAUUUUAUGCCCCCAGGAAUGCUUUCGAACGUAGAGAAUGGAGAAAUGUUCGGAGAAAAUUCGCCUCUGAGAGUUACAGUGACCACAUGAUGUUGCUCAGAGCGUUUCAGUUCUGGCAGAAAGCGAGAUCGGAGGGUUGGGAGAAAAGCUUUUGUCAGAAAAACUUUAUAUCAAGUGCUGCGUUUGAAAUAAUUACGGUUAUACGGACACAACUCCUUGGCCAGCUUCGUGCCUCGGGUUUUGUGAAGGCACGUGGAAGCGGUGAUAUACGAGAUCUGAACACAAAUUCGGAAAACUGGGCAGUUGUAAAGGCCGCAAUCGUUGCUGGUAUGCAUCCCCAACUCGCCAAAAUUGACGAAAAACGGCACAUUACAUUUAUCACCGGUCAGGAAGGUCUGGUGACGUUGCACCCGCACUCUGUUCUAGCAACGGCUGACUGGAACUCGAAUAACUCCUCAUGCAUACCAAGUGAAUGGCUUGUGUAUGACCAAGUAGUUACCCUUCCGCAAUCGACAGCGGAAGCAGUCAGUGACAAAAGUUGUAGACCAGCCCUAUCGGAUGGUGACAAAUUAAAACCCCAGGAUGAACGUGGGAUAGGAAGUCCCGUCGGUCGCUUCACACCACACUGUCGGUCAGCGAUGUGCGAAGCUGAUCUGCCCUCAUAUGCAGAAGUCACCGAUCCAUCGAAGGCUUGUGACGGGUUGAAACGAUUCGAAGAGACGGAAAACAAAUUUGAACAUCGAUGGUUACGUUUUAUAGGCUGCGUAACGGUUGUUUCCCCGGUUACGGUUGCGUUAAUGGCUGGUCCCAUGCGUUCGAGACCGGAAAUACUGAGGGAAUUGGAAACACUCACUGAUCUCCAACAAAACCCAUUUACUGGUGCCAAAGAUAUGAAGUCAGAUAACCCGAGGAACCAACCGGCAUUUCUUCGAAGUCCACGUACUGUUUUCUCAUAUCCAGUCUUGAUAGAGAACAAGGACUUGGGGAUAUCUGAGAAUAACCCUAACUCUACACACCUAGGGUUUAGGGAGUCAGAAAACCAAAGUUUCGUUCAAAACAGCGGGCCGAAAACUGUGGUUGAGUGCGAUUCGCUUACGAACCAGUCAUAUCUUGGAUCUGAUAGUGACUCUGAUGAGAUGUGGACCGGAGAGUACGAACGUCAAAACAAGAAUUUACGUCUUGGUGACCUCAAUGGAAAUCUGAGACAAAUGCAUCAUCACUUUAUUGGAUCAGGCAUAAAACAGGCUUCAGCACCAGUGGGUUCUGGAGUUUCUUCUCUAUGUUCCGAGACGUACACAAUACACCCUUCGGCGACGCUUCCCCUCAUUCCUCAUGGCGCACUUAGUGGAAGGGUCGGACAUGCAUCUCAUGUAGUUCCUCCCGUUCACUGCCAGCCGUUAACUUCUGGUCAUGGGAACCACAUCUCACUGCGGCUGGACGACAGAGGACUGCUUCAUUUGCGGGCCGAUUCUACAACAGCCCAGUUUAUUGUGGCCUUAAGACAAAAAUGGCAGGCUUUACUUCUGCGCCGGCUUCGUAACCCGGGCAGGCCAUCUUCUCCACCCGAUGAGAUGGGAAAAACAGUCCGCCAACUGUGUUGCCUAGCCAUCAUCAUCGGCAGCAUGACGUCAGUGGUCAACACUGAUGCUUCGCUGCCGUACAACCAUGACAAGCUGACAACAAGGACGCCGUUGACAUCGAUUAGCAGUCGUAUCUUGCACCGUUUCCUACCAGGCGCGGUAGAGAUUUCGCGGUCACAACCCCUUAAGCUCAAAGUUUGUCCACCUCUCUGCUUCUCCAACUCCGAUGAGGGCAUGGGAAACAGCCCUCUCUUCAGCAAACGAUGCAUCUGGUUCUGGACAAAUUCUUUAAUAGAAGCCUCCGUUGCACAACUGAAAUCUUGCUUACUAAUUGCCUCGUCAUGGAUUCGUGGACACCAAUCCAAGCGAGCUGUGGUUCUUAGUCAGCGGUUUUUGAACACCUGA